CGUCCUCACCACGGCACGGCGGCGCGGCUCACGCCCGUCACCCUGCGCAUUCCCCAGGACCCGGCCAUCCCGCCAGAUCUACCGAGAGGACCUGACGCUGGCGUCGACUGCGGCUGUUACGCCCCCGGGAGCGCGUGAGGGCCCCGGGGUCGCGGCGGGCUAUUGGCCGGCCGCGGCGCUCGCUCCCAGAAUGCAGCGCAUGGCGCGUCAUUGAAGAGAGACCAUGAUGGCGGCGGCGGCGGCGCUGGGGCCCCCCGAAGUGAUCGCCCAGCUGGAGAACGCAGCCAAAGUUCUGAUGGCACCACCUUCCAUGGUCAAUAAUGAGCAACGCCAGCACGCAGAGCACAUAUUCUUAUCAUUUAGGAAAUCAAAAUCACCAUUUGCAGUUUGCAAGCAUAUUUUGGAAACUAGUAAAGUGGACUAUGUCCUUUUUCAAGCUGCCACAGCCAUUAUGGAAGCAGUUGUCCGAGAGUGGAUUCUCUUGGAAAAAGGUAGCAUCGAGUCACUGCGAACAUUCCUUUUAACCUAUGUCUUACAGAGGCCUAAGCAGUUACUCUGCCACAUGAGCCUCCAGCCUGUGGAUUUUUCUGGUCAUUUUGGCCUCCAAAAGUAUGUUCGGGAACAGAUUCUAUUAGCAGUAGCAGUAAUUGUAAAACGAGGAUCAUUAGAUAAAUCAAUUGACUGCAAAAGCAUUUUUCAUGAAGUCAGCCAGUUGAUAAGUAGUGGUAAUCCCACUGUGCAAACACUGGCCUGUUCUAUUCUAACUGCACUAUUGAGUGAAUUCUCAAGUUCAAGUAAAACUAGCAAUAUUGGGCUGAGUAUGGAAUUUCACGGUAACUGCAAAAGAGUUUUUCAGGAAGAAGACCUUCGUCAGAUCUUCAUGCUAACUGUUGAAGUUCUGCAAGAGUUCAGCAGGCGGGAGAACCUCAAUGCGCAGAUGUCUUCAGUGUUUCAGCGGUAUCUUGCACUCGCCAAUCAAGUCUUGAGCUGGAACUUUCUUCCUCCCAAUUUGGGCAGACAUUAUAUAGCUAUGUUUGAAUCCUCACAAAAUGUGCUGUUGAAGCCAACAGAGUCCUGGCGGGAGACUCUUCUGGACAGCAGAGUUAUGGAACUUUUCUUCACAGUACACCGAAAAAUCAGAGAAGAUUCAGAUAUGGCACAAGAUUCUCUGCAGUGCCUUGCCCAGUUAGCUUCUCUUCAUGGACCCAUCUUCCCCGAUGAAGGAUCCCAAGUCGAUUAUCUAGCACACUUUAUUGAGGGAUUACUCAAUACUAUCAAUGGGAUUGAAAUAGAAGAUUCUGAAGCUGUGGGAAUCUCUAGCAUUAUCAGCAAUCUGAUAACUGUGUUCCCUCGAAAUGUUUUAACUGCCAUUCCCAGUGAACUUUUCUCCUCCUUUGUUAACUGCCUCACACACCUCACUUGUUCUUUUGGGCGAAGUGCUGCACUGGAAGAAGUGCUUGAUAAGGAUGACAUGGUAUACAUGGAAGCAUAUGAUAAACUGCUGGAGUCCUGGCUAACUUUGGUCCAAGAUGAUAAACAUUUUCAUAAAGGCUUUUUUACCCAACAUGCAGUUCAAGUUUUCAAUUCCUAUAUUCAGUGCCAUUUAGCCGCUCCAGAUGGCACGAGGAAUUUGACUGCCAAUGGUGUAGCCUCUCGUGAGGAAGAAGAAAUAAGUGAACUUCAAGAAGAUGAUCGAGACCAGUUUUCUGAUCAACUAGCCAGUGUAGGAAUGCUAGGAAGAAUUGCUGCAGAGCACUGUAUACCUCUUCUGACAAGUUUAUUAGAAGAAAGAGUAACAAGACUUCAUAGUCAGUUACAGCGACAUCAGCAACAAUUACUUGCUUCAUCUGGUUCAAGUACCAUUAACAACAAAAUGCUUGAUGAUCUCUAUGAAGAUAUUCACUGGCUUAUUUUAGUUACAGGCUACCUCUUAGCUGAUGAUACUCAGGGAGAGACUCCGCUAAUACCUCCAGAAAUAAUGGAAUAUUCCAUUAAGCAUUCAUCUGAAGUUGACAUUAAUACAACACUUCAAAUUUUGGGAUCUCCAGGAGAAAAGGCUUCUUCCAUCCCAGGGUACAUCAGAACAGAUUCUGUGAUUAGGCUGUUAUCUGCUGUUCUAAGAGUUUCAGAAGUUGAAUCUCGAGCAAUAAGAGCAGAUCUCACUCAUCUACUAAGCCCUCAAAUGGGCAAAGAUAUUGUUUGGUUUCUAAAACGCUGGGCCAAGACAUACCUCCUGGUGGAUGAAAAGCUAUAUGAUCAGGUAAGUCUGCCAUUCAGCACAGCAUUCGGAGCAGAUACAGAAGGUUCUCAGUGGAUUAUUGGCUACCUCUUACAAAAAGUCAUCAGUAACCUCUCAGUCUGGAGUAGUGAACAGGACCUUGCAAAUGAUACUGUGCAGCUCCUUGUCACUUUGGUGGAAAGGAGAGAAAGGGCAAACUUAGUAAUUCAGUGUGAAAAUUGGUGGAACCUAGCUAAGCAGUUCGCAAGCCGAAGCCCACCUCUUAAUUUCUUGUCAAGUCCUGUGCAGAGGACCCUGAUGAAGGCUCUAGUCCUGGGAGGUUUUGCACACAUGGACACAGAAACCAAACAACAGUACUGGACAGAGGUUCUUCAGCCACUGCAGCAGCGAUUCCUGAGAGUGAUCAACCAGGAGAACUUCCAGCAGCUGUGUCAGCAGGAGGAAGUCAAGCAGGAGAUCACUGCCACACUCGAGGCCCUCUGUGGCAUUGCUGAGGCUACCCAGAUUGACAAUGUAGCCAUUCUUUUCAACUUUUUAAUGGACUUUCUUACCAAUUGCAUUGGGUUGAUGGAAGUUUACAAAAAUACCCCAGAAACUGUCAACCUCAUUAUUGAAGUUUUUGUUGAAGUUGCACAUAAACAGAUAUGCUAUCUUGGAGAGUCCAAAGCUAUGAACUUAUAUGAAGCCUGCCUUACUUUGUUGCAAGUAUAUUCUAAGAACAAUUUAGGGCGGCAAAGAAUAGAUGUUACAGCAGAAGAAGAGCAAUACCAAGACCUACUCCUCAUAAUGGAGCUUCUUACUAACCUUCUGUCAAAGGAAUUUAUAGAUUUCAGUGACACAGAUGAAGUAUUUAGAGGACAUGAGCCAGGUCAAGCAGCAAACAGAUCUGUGUCAGCAGCUGAUGUUGUUUUAUAUGGAGUAAACCUAAUUCUCCCCUUGAUGUCACAAGAUCUUUUGAAGUUUCCAACCCUUUGUAAUCAAUACUACAAAUUAAUCACCUUUAUCUGUGAGAUUUUUCCUGAAAAAAUACCACAGCUUCCUGAGGAUCUGUUUAAAAGUCUGAUGUAUUCCCUAGAAUUAGGAAUGACGUCAAUGAGCUCGGAGGUGUGCCAGCUCUGCCUGGAGGCCUUGACACCCUUAGCCGAACAGUGUGCAAAAGCCCAGGAAACAGAUUCACCACUUUUUCUAGCAACUCGGCACUUUCUUAAGCUGGUUUUUGAUAUGCUUGUUUUACAAAAGCACAACACAGAGAUGACUACUGCGGCGGGUGAAGCUUUCUACACCUUGGUGUGUUUGCACCAGGCUGAAUAUUCUGAACUGGUGGAGACAUUACUAUCAAGUCAACCAGACCCAGUUAUUUACCAGAGAUUAGCAGAUGCCUUCAACAAGCUCACUGCAAGCAGCACUCCUCCUACGCUGGAUCGGAAGCAGAAGAUGGCCUUUCUAAAGAGUUUAGAAGAAUUUAUGGCAAAUGUUGGUGGUCUCCUUUGUGUAAAAUAAACAACAAAACUAUGUGCUUAAUUUAGAUCCUUUCUGCAAAGUGCACUGAAUGGCUGAAAGUUGACUUGAGUCUUGUCCUGUUCCUCAGUUCAUUUGGCCAUUUUUGGAUUUUGGAGAGCCUGAAACUUUGGUGCAGAAUGCAGUGAAACAGGAGAGAUCAACUUUGAAUCAGCAUCUGCUGUUAGGUUUUAGCCACAGUCUGUCAUAUCUAUGUCUUCUAGAUUUCAAGUGAUGAUUUAAAUUUUUCAAAAUGAAAUUCCAUAUAUGUGCAAACAGAUAUGGGCACCAUGAAACAUAUAUUCAGUGCCUUUUCUCCAUUUAUCAAACUAUAAGUGGCUAGCCAAAGUUUAAAAUGUUAUUGAAUAUUAGGCAGUGUUUAUCAAAACAUUGUCCAUAGAUUAUCUACAUCACUUGAGGAACUGGUUGCAGAGGUAGAUUCUUGGGCCCAACUAUAGACUUUACUCAAAGUUUUUGGUUGUUAGACCCUGGAUUCCUCAUUUUAAAAGUUUCUCCCUUUUACCACCCCCAAAAGUUUGAAUCAGUGAAAAAGACAUUAAAAAUUCUUGAGAGGUUUUGUACUUUCUAACUUUUCCUCCUUGUCUUCAAUGAUUACAUUUGUAAUUUAGCAGGAAGAAAAACAACAUCAAGUGUUUAUUGGCUUUUUUAGUUUGUGCCUCUUCUCCUUCCCCUUCUCGCUUCUCUGUCCUCCCUUCCUCUGUUUGCUCUCCUUUUCUUUUCCCCAUACCUGGUGUUGUAGAUUUUGCGUAAUGAUUAUGGACCUCGAAUUAUAUGCUGAUGCCUGAACUUGAAGAGGAAAAUACAUGUGUAUUUUUGUUCCAUAAAAAGAACUUUAGGAACUGUAGCCAUUUCAUUGCCUUAAUUCUAAGAGGAAAAAAUACAGAAAGAAAAAAAAAGCAGAUUUGUUUUUAGUAAGAAAUCAUGUGUUGAUGCUUCAGAGAUGGCUUAGGGUGUUAGCUGCUAUGAAUCUGUUGUCCCUCUGAUUGGGUAUUUAUAUGGGUUUACAAGUGAGGUGAGAGGUGCAGCCCUGUGUAGUUAAAGUCCUCAGUAUGUUUCAGUCUAGCCACACAACCCAUAUCUACUCUGAAUGGCUUGCUUAAGCAAUAACUUUUUUAAAAGAUGUGAAUUUCUGAUUCACACAGACUAUUGCACAUUGGGGCAUUAAGGGGCAAUAAUUAUGCUAAAGUGGGUAUUUGUGUCAUAGGAGUCACAAAUUUAAUUUCAGUGAUUAAAAUACUCACUUUAGCUGUGAGUGGUGGCACACACCUAUAAUCCCCAUACUUGGGAGGUGAGGCAGUAGGAUCUCCAGUUUUAGGCCAGCCCUUUGUCAGAGGAAGAAACCAAAAAACCAAAAUCCUUUUAGAGACUCUACUUCGAUCUUUCAAAUCAGGACUUUUAUACUGCUGCCAUGCUCCCAUUUCUGUGUGCCAGUUUAAGUUAUGGAAAUGCACACUUAAUUUGUAAGCUGCAAGCCACUGCAAUGUUUGAGUUCUAGUAGUGACAAAUGGAAUCUGGCACAGGUGAAUCAGAGAUCCUGCCUCAGAGGGCAGCCUUUCUCCCAUUAUAUACUCUUGACACCUGUCUGCUAAGGCAUCCCAUAGGUACACUUUAUACUUGCAUAUAGCAUAUAUGUCUUCACAUGUGAUGCUCAGAAAACCUCAUAUAACUCCUAGUUCCUAGUUCUAGUUAACAAUACUGGACCUGUUUUAAUUAUAUUGCACUGUGCUGGCAACAACAGAUAGGAGAGAAUGCAUGGCCAUAAUCAUUGCUCUUGAUUUGAUCACAUCUCAGCAACAAAAGUGGAGCAAAAAAUAUCCUAAAAUAUUUCAAGGAAGCAAACCAGUAAUACUCUUUAUGAAAUACACAUUUUUGUAUUUUUAAAACAUACUUUCUUUCACUUCAGAUUUUUUUUUCCUCAAAAAACUUGAAGUGACACACAUCAGUAAUCCUUUCAUUUUGCAUUGUCCCUGAUUUAUUGUGUUUCCUAGAUCCUUCAAGCUUUCUUAGUGUGGUUGUGAGGUGUGUGUGUGUGUGUGUGUGUGUGUGUGUGAAAUACUCCUUUGCUGAAGGGUACUGAGACGAUUUGCUGAAUAGGUCCACUGGCCAGGACAUAACUAUAAUCAAGUUAUUAUUAAAAGCUGAGUAAGAAAGGAAUGCCUUGGUCAGUAAAAUGGCAUCUUUAUUUAAGGAUUUAUAUAUCCAGGUGGAAAUCCAUUUGCUACAUUUGCCCAGUUCCAUUAUACUACCAUUUUAUUAGACCAGUUUUAUCUAAAACAAGAUCUACUUUAGAUUAGACCAAAGUUAAAAGAGCACCAAACUGUUAAUGACGUAUGGGGGAAAGACACCAUCAUAAUUUAGGUAAUGGGAUGCCACCUUGUAGUGCUAAUUCUUGAGUGUGUUUACAUACUUGUUUGCUUGAUUGGGUAUUAUACUAAAUCUUGUUCUUUUAUUUUGUCCAGUCUUUGUCUUUAACUAUGUUAUUUUGCUUUAUGCUCUUGACACAGUAGAUAUUGAGAACUGGCUUAAUUCUAGUAAAUCAGUUUUCUCAUUAAAAUAGACUGUUAAAAAGUUUUUAAAAAAAUAUUUGUACCCUUUUUCUCAAUAUGUAUAUGUUAAAGGGAUAUUGUCAGGUAUUAGAUUUCCUUCUUGUUUCCUUCCAAGUUUCUCUUGUUUGCACAGUCUUUCAACAUCUAGUUCUCCAUACUCUACUAUGAAUGUAUGUCUCAUUUUAUCUUUCCUGGCCCAUUUGUUUACCAAGACACAAUCACUAAGGACUUCCUAUACCCAAUGUUGGGUAUUAAUGUAAUAUCACUGUUUAAAAGGAGUGGUUUGAAUGGUUUCUUUGUGUGGGGUAGUGGCUGCUUCGAUAGCUAAACUACCUAACAAUGUUUGAUGGUGUCCUUGAGUCUUUCUGCCUGGCUCCUAUUCUGUUUGAAGACCAUAGUGUGUGAACAUGUCUGCAUUGAGUUUUAAUCAGGUAUAAAGUGACAUUUUAUGUAAGCAAUCUUUGCAGUUUUCUUUCAAAGUAAUUCGAAAAACUCACUCUAUUUUAUUCUAUACUAAUUACUCUAUUCCAAUGUCCUCCAAUCAACAUUACUUGUCAAUUUCUUUACUGUCUUUGAUUGAACCUUCUCUUCUUCCAAAGUGUCAAGCAUUUAUGGUUCUAACAGUUCUCUGUUUCUAUCCCCUGAAGUGUUGGGAGGAAAACAGUGGUCAGUUUCAAGUAUUUCAAGUUUGGAUCUCUUAGUAUAUACACUAUUGUUGAACUGGCUUUUUAUCUGUUACAAUUUUACUUGUAGUUUGUUCUGCCACCUCUCUUGUUAGAGGUGGUGGUCAUUGGACUUACAAUGCUAGCUGGCUUAGAUCAGCAUCUGUGAUUAUUUUAUUGGUUCCUCAAUAAAACAACCUUUCAAGUCAGAAGGAACCUCAAUACUAUUUAAGAGGUUUUUUUAAAAUUACUAUUAUUUUAACAAGAGAAUAAGAAACUGUUUUGGAUAUGAGGUUUUAACACUAUAAAUUUCUGUAAAAUUUCCUGCACAACAAUAUAGAU